UAACUUGCUAAGCACACAGAUAAAUAUGAACCUUGGAGAAUUUACCAAUGUAAACAGAUAGCCAAGGGUCCCUUUAUCAGCACUGGCUCAGGACAGUCGUGGGGGGUCCAAAGUGGCUCAAUUUUGUAUUUUGUUUUUUUUGGGGGGGCGUAAAGGCGGGAGGCUGCGCUGUGCCCGCUGCUGACAGUCGGGCGUGUUACCUCAGGAACAUGGUGUAGGGAAGCUGGAAGCAGGAUAACGUGGAACUCAAACCCAAAGAACUGCAGCCUGAAGACCAUGGUCUCGAAGCUGAGCCAUCUUCAAGUGGAGCUGCUGGGAGCGCUGCUGGAGUCGGGGCUAACCAAGGAGACCCUGAUCAAGGCACUGAGCGAAGUGGAACCCUACAUGCUCCAGAGUGAAAGUCAGCAUGCUAUCAAUGCCCUGCAGACAGAGAAAGGGGAGUCCUGCCCCGAAAUCCCCAAUCUCCCCAAUGGAAUGGGGGAAACCAGGUUGUCGGAAGAUGAAACCUCUGAUGACGGGGAGGAAUUUACCCCUCCGAUAAUGAAGGAGCUGGAAAACUUGAGCCCUGAGGAGGCUGCUCACCAGAAGGCUGUGGUGGAAAGACUAUUACAAGAGGAUCCCUGGCGGGUAGCAAAGAUGGUGAAAUCCUACCUCCAACAGCACAACAUCCCUCAGCGCGAGGUGGUGGACACGACUGGUCUGAACCAAUCCCACCUCUCACAACACCUCAACAAGGGCACUCCCAUGAAGACCCAAAAAAGGGCAGCCCUUUACACCUGGUACGUCCGCAAGCAGCGAGAGGUGGCCCAGCAAUUCACACAUGCUGGUCAGGGGAUCUUGACAGAGGAGCCCAUGGGAGAUGAUCUGCCCACCAAGAAGGGACGAAGAAAUCGCUUUAAAUGGGGUCCUGCCUCACAACAGAUUCUGUUCCAAGCCUACGAGAGACAGAAGAACCCCAGCAAAGAAGAGAGAGAGGCACUGGUGGAAGAGUGCAACAGAGCAGAAUGUAUUCAGAGAGGCGUUUCCCCAUCUCAGGCCCAGGGUCUGGGCUCAAACCUGGUGACCGAGGUGCGAGUUUACAACUGGUUUGCCAACCGCAGGAAGGAGGAGGCCUUCCGGCACAAGCUGGCCAUGGACAACUUCAGCGGGCCGCAGCCCACCUCUGCUCCCCCUCUCACUCCUCACAACUCCUCCUCCCUUCAGCCGCCUCCUGCUCUCUCACCCACCAAAGUUCACGGAGUGAGGUACAACCAGCAGCCAGCCAGCGAGGCAGAGUCCUCCAGCAGCAACCACCACGGGAACAGCUCCAUGGUGACCACCCAAACCAUCCUGCAUCAGGUUUCUCCCCCUGGGCUGGAGCCCAGCCAGAACCUGCUGAGCACAGACACCAAGCUGAUCUCAGCUCCCGGAGGAACUCUGCCCCCCGUCAGCACCCUGACUGCCCUGCACAGCCUAGAGCAAAACCCCCAUGCGCUGGGCCAGCAAACUCAGAACCUCAUCAUGGCCUCACUGCCCGGCGUGAUGGCAAUCGGAGCUGGUGAGACCUCAUCCCUGGCGCCUGCAUUCACCAACACCGGCGGCUCCACCCUGGUAAUAGGCCUGACUUCAACCCAGCCCCAGAGUGUACCUGUGAUAAACAGCAUGGGGAGCAGCCUCACCACCCUGCAGCCAGUCCAGUUCUCCCAGCAGCUGCACCCGUCCUACCAGCAGCCCCUCAUGCAGCAGGUCCAGAGCCACAUCAACCAGAGCCCCUUCAUGGCUACCAUGGCCCAGAUACAGAACCCCCAUGCUCUCUACGGCCCCAAGUCUGAAGUGGCCCAGUACACACAUACAGGCCUCCUCCCACAAACCAUGGUGAUAACAGACACAGCCAAUCUCAGCGCGCUGACUAACCUGACACCAACUAAACAGGCAUUCACAUCUGACUCAGAAACCCACACAGACUCUGGGAUCCAUACACCAGUAUCACAGGCACCAGCGAUACACCUACAGAACCAAGACACAACCAUCCAGCACCUUCAGUCUGGUCCUCGCCUCACCUCAAGCCCUGCUGUGUCCUCCAGCAGCCUGGUGCUGUACCAGAGCUCUGACUCCACCAACAGCCACAGUCAGCUGCUGCCAUCCACCCAUAACGUCAUUGAGACCUUCAUCUCCACGCAGAUGGCAUCCUCCACUCAGUAACACCAAGACAACCACCCAAAGGGAGCUGCCAGGACAAGGCAUAAGGCACAACUCCAACUGUGUUUGCCGUCACCGUCACCACUGCCUUCCACUGGAAGGAAUGGUUGCUGCAGUCAGCCAACCUCCAGCCCCUACUGCCUCAUAAAUCCCUCAUUCAGCUGCCUCCAGAAGAGAUGGCUCAGGCUCAGAGCAGGAGCUAUGGAACAGUGGUGCCGGCACUGAUAGGAUCUACAGACCCCCAAAACCAAACCCAACCCCACGAGCCAGCCUAGAAUGACCAGACAUCCUAGUGGAUGCUGAAGGAGUGCUAUAAAGUCAGAGAUCUGACUGGAAUACAGCAAAAAAAUGCCAAGAUGUAUGUGGAACUUUGGUUCUGCUCACCUUCACUAGGUUGGACCUGUACAAACCUGCCUACACCAAAGUAAGCCAUGCAGAAAAGAGAAAAAUUGAGCUGUCAAAAAAGGGACACCAUCUUUAAAGCACUCGCCUCCUCCUUUGAUGUAAGGAAACCUGAAUUGGAAUUAUGAGAGAUAAUAUCAACUUGGAGGCAAGAGUGAGAACCUGGCUUCUGACUUUGCAAUGAAAGUCACCAAGAAACUGGAUCAGGAAUGGCUCAGCAAAAACCUGUCAGUACAAGAUCAUGGACUACAAGCUGUAAACCCCUUAAUUAACUACAAAAUCCCAAACAUUCUCAGUUCAAAAUGACCUACUCUAAAAUCAUGCUAUCCUAGUGGAAAUGGCUUGGUUACUUUUUUUUUUAAUAUAUAUAGCUCUGCUUUGUUUUAAAUGCAGAAAUUAAAGUUUAACAGCAGCAA